AUGGCCCGAAUCGAUCACGACCGUCCGCUCCUCGCCCCCGACCCCCCGACGCCGCUCUCCGAUGCCAUUUCCGCGAAGCCCAGGGGCGGGGCCCGGGUGCUCUGCUUCAUCCUCCAGACCUUCGUCAUGGCCGUCGCCCUCGCGCUCUUCUUCCUAUUCGCUGGGGUCGCCGCCGUCGUCCUCCUCCACCUGUGCGUCGCUGGACGCGCCUUCCGUCGCCGCCGUAGCGGCCGCCUUUAUUCGGUCGCGGUCUACGACGCCCCCGACGCUGCCCCUGUGCCCGCCGGCCUCUCGGCCGCCGAGAUGAAGGGGCUCCCGAUGUUCGAGUACUCCGUCAUGUCGGCGUCCUCCCCGUUGCGUCCGCCUAUUUGCGCGGUGUGUUUGGAGGGGUUCAAUGAGGGGGAGAGGUGCCGAGCUCUGCCCCCGUGCGGGCACGUGUUCCAUGCCCCCUGCGUCGACGGGUGGCUCGUGAGGUCGCCGGGUUGCCCGAUCUGCCGCGCUCGCAUUGGCGCGACAGCGUCGGAGCCUUCGAUCGGCCGGACGGCCGGUGGGGUGGGUUCGAUCGGUGGAUUUUUGUAA